AUGGGGUGUGACAACAAGCGUCGAAGAAUUCCAUAUUGUCAGUUAUCACAAGAAGAAAAGGACAGAAUAAAUGCCCGAAGGAGAGCUUUAUAUGCCGAAAAAAAUCCCAAAGAGAGAAUAGGCUUUUCCCAGUUGAGAUACAAGAACAAGUAUAUUACGCUUCCUGGUUCUUCUGUUAUACCAUCAAGUUCAAGACACCAUGAUGAAUGUAUGCUCGAUGACAUCUCCAUAGGAGGUGAGGUUUGCCUUUACCCAAUUACUAUUCCAGUCGAGCUUCAACAGUUAUAUUCUGGUUUAAGGGCAGACUCAUCCCACUUCCUCCAAGCACAAGGACAGAUCUAUCAUUUCAUUGAUAGUCUUUAUCCUUCUGAGGAAAUGCCAUUGUAUCUCCAGCUAUAUUUCUAUGAUACACAAAAAGAAAUACAACUUAGAAAAGGUGAUAAAGAUAAAUUGCAGCCACAUAUUAUCUCAGGUCUGAUUAAUACGUUAAGGGCUAAUCCAUAUUCUCAGUUUUUCCGGAGUCUUUCUGAUUUGCCAAAUAUCGAUGAAUGUCAAAUUAUAUUAAAAACAAAUCCUAGAGCAGAAGACUCCACUACUUUACCACCGACUGUAUCGCAAGUAGCUGCUAUCUGGAUAGAGGAUGAAGGUGCCACACAAUUACAAGAACGUGACAUAAUUGUUCGCAAACAAGAAGAUGGUCAUAGUCAGAAAAUCAGUUAUUACUAUGGCUGUUAUGAUCCUCUCCAGUAUCCACUUCUGUUCCCAUCUGGUGAGCCCGGAUGGCAUCAAGGAAUCAAGAAAGUUAAGGCAUCAAAUACCAUGAAAUUUUGCUCAGGGCAAGGCAAAGUACUGCCAAACCAAUCAGCAACAGCAGAGGAGUUAAUAGAUAUGUAUGUUAAAAUUGAGACAUCAAGGUUGGAUUAUUUCAGAAAUAAACAAGAGGAGAUUCGAGCCGAUUUAUAUCAAGGAAUUGUUGAUAGCAUUAGUCAAGGGGAAUCUGAUCCUUCUAAGAUAGGCAAACGAAUUGUGCUCCCAGGUUCAUUCAUAGGAGGACCAAGGGACAUGCGCAAGCGGUACCUAAAUGCAAUGACUUUAGUAGAAAGGUACGGCCAACCUGAUCUCUUUCUUACAAUGACAUGCAAUCCAAAUUGGCAAGAGAUUAAGAAUGAAAUGAAGCCACAUAAAGAAGCUCAAAACAGACCUGACUUACUAUCAAGAGUGUUCAGGAGUAAAUUGGAACAUUUGCAAAAAGAGAUAGUAAAGAAUCAGCUGUUUGGUCCUAUUGCUGCAUAUACAUUUGUAGUUGAAUUUCAAAAGAGAGGUCUUCCACAUGUUCAUAUGCUGCUGAUACUGAAAAAGCUGUUCAAGCUCAACAUAGUUGCGAAGAUUGAUGCAUUCAUCUCAGCUGAAAUACCAGAUAAAGAGAAGUACCCAUAUUUAUAUGCGAUGGUUCUAAAGCAUAUGAUGCAUGGGCCGUAUGGAGAGCUAGAUAUCACUAAGGUCUGCAUGCAGAAAGGGAAGUGUAAGAACAACUAUCCAAGAAGCUUCUGUGCAGAAACAACUAUUGAUGCAGAUGGUUAUCCAAUAUAUAAAAGGCAAGCAACUGGUGAACAAGUUCAGAUUCGAGGCCAUAUGCUUGAUAAUAGGUGGGUUGUUCCGUACAAUCCUUAUUUAUUGGCUACAUUUGACUAUCAUAUUAAUGUCGAGGUUUGCUUUAAUAUUAAAGCAGUCAAACAUCUACACAAAUACAUAUAUAAGGGGCACGACAAGAUUAUUUACCGCCUAGCUACUUCAAAAUUCCCAGAGAACAUUGAUGAGAUCCAGCAAUUUCAAACCGCAAGAUGGAUAUUGCCACCUGAAGCAGUUUAG